CUGAAUUUGCUCCCUAAGCAAAAGAAACAGACCGACUGGCUCUGAGGGAUCUACGCUUCCAUCCCUGAACGACUGUGCGUCACCCCCGAUUUUUCCGUGACGGCAACUCAUCGACUCUCGCGACUUUUCUCGGUUUUCCAGCGGUCGAAAAGACAAAUACCCCCACACACCCGCAAACAUGUCGCGUUUCUUCUACGGUGGCGGUAGCGACAGCGAGUCCAGCUCUUCCGACGAGGAGGAGCUCUACAGCGAUCGUGAGGAGGAGGAGCAGUCCGAGGAGGAAUCCAGCGAGGAGGAGGAGGAGUCUGAGGAGGAGUCCUCGUCCGAGGAUGAGGGUGCCGGCAAGACCGGUGCCAGUGCUUUCUUGAGGGAUGCUUCUGACAGCGAGGAGAGCGAGGAUGAGGAGAAGGUGACGGUCGUCAAGAGUGCCAAGGACAAGCGGUUGGAGGAACUCGAGGGCACCAUCAAGUUGAUUGAGAAUGCUGAGAAGAUCAAUGACUGGGCGGUCAUUUCGACAGAGUUCGACAAGCUCAACCGUCAGGUUGUCAAGAUCACUCAGUCUGGCCCCGUUCCCCGCGUCUACGUCAAGGCCGUUGCCGACCUCGAGGAUUUCGUCAACGAGACCGUCACGAAGCAGAAGUCGGCGAACAAGAAGAUGAACGCCAGCAACUCCAAGGGUUUCAACGCCGUUAAGCAACGGAUCAAGAAGAACAACAAGGACUACGCCGCCCAGAUCGAGAAGUACCGCAGCAACAAGGACGGUUAUUUGGCUGGUGCCGACGAGGACGCCCGCCCCGUCGUCAGCGCCCCUCGUCUCACCAAGGUCGAGCGCGUCGAGGCUCCUGUUGCCGUUGCUCCUGCCACUGCCGAUGCCGAUGAUGGCUUUGCCACUGUCGGACGUGGUGGUAAGACCCUUCAGUACACCCCUGAGAGCAUCCUCAAGCACCUCCGUGUCAUCGUCGAGUCUCGCGGAAAGAAGAACACCGAUCGUCUCGAGCAGAUCCGCACCAUGGAAAAGCUUUUGGAGGUUGCCCAGAAUCCUUACCAGCGCAUCCGUAUCUACCUCACCCUCAUCUCCACCCGCUUCGACCUCACCUCUUCUUCCUCCGGCAACUACAUGGCCGUUGACCAGUGGAAGUUCGCCGAACAAGAGUUCGCUACUCUUCUGUCUGUUCUCGAGAACAACCGCGACUACGUCGUGACCGAGGGUGCCGAAGAGUGGGAGGAUGACGAGAAGCAGCCCCAGCCUGCCGCCGGCGAGACCCUCCACAUCCCCGGCAGCAUCGUCUCUUACGUUGAGCGCUUGGAUGACGAACUCACCCGCUCUCUUCAGAACAUCGACCCCCACACCGCCGAAUACAUUGACCGCUUGGGUGACGAGAAGCAGCUGUACGCCAACCUGGUCCGCACCCAGACCUACGUUGAGGGACUCAGCACUGCCGAGAAGAGCGACCCCAGACAGGACAGCAUCAACAGAGUCGUCAUGCGGAGAUUGGAGCACAUCUACUUCAAGCCCUCCCAGGUCGUCACCAUCCUGGAGGAGGCCACGUGGAAGGCUCUUCCCACCGAGUUGGACACUAAGAUCACCCCUCGUGCUAACGCCGGUGAUGUGACCGAACUCGUCCAGAGUCUCUGCAACUACCUCUUCAAGAACAGUGAUGGUAUUAUCCGGGCCCGUGCGAUGCUGUGCCAGAUCUACUUCCUCGCCCUCCACGAUCAGUACUACCGCUCUCGCGACCUGAUGCUCAUGUCCCACUUGACGGAGAACAUCGCCAACUUCGACGUCAGCACCCAGAUCCUCUUCAACCGCACCCUUGUCCAGAUCGGUCUGUGUGCUUUCCGUGCCGGACUUAUCUACGAGGCCCAGACUACUCUCUCUGAGGUCUGCGGCAGCGGCCGUCAGAAAGAGCUGCUGGCUCAGGGCAUCAUCCUCCAGCGCUUCUCCACUGUCUCCCCCGAACAGGAGCGUCUGGAACGCCAGCGUCAACUUCCCUUCCACAUGCACAUUAACCUGGAACUCCUUGAGUGCAUCUAUCUUACGUCGAGCAUGUUCUUGGAAGUUCCGCUCAUGGCUCAGACCUCUUCCUCUCCUGAGAUGAAGCGCCGUGUCAUCUCCAAGACCUUCCGCCGUAUGCUCGACUACAACGAGCGACAGGUCUUCACCGGUCCCGCUGAGAAUACCCGUGAUGGUGUCAUCAUGAGUGCCAAGUUCCUUGCCGCCGGUGACUGGAAGAAGGCCGCUGAGAUGCUCAACUCCAUCAAGAUCUGGGAUCUGAUGCCCCAGCCCGAGAAGGUCAAGGAGAUGCUGUCCCAGCAGAUCCAGGAGGAGGGUCUCCGCACAUACCUCUUCACCUACGCUCCCUUCUACGACAGCUUGUCGAUCGCCACCCUGGCCACCAUGUUCGAGCUUCCUGGCAAGAAGAUCCAAGCCAUCAUCAGCCGGAUGAUCUCCCACGAGGAAUUGGCGGCGGCACUGGACCAGGUCAACGACGCCAUCGUCUUCCGCAAGGGCGUCGAGCUGUCGCGUCUCCAGUCCCAGAUCGUGACUCUGGCCGACAAGUCGAUGAACCUCCUGGAGGCCAACGAAAAGACUCUCGAGCAGCGUACUCAAGGCAUGGCCAACGCCUUCCAGCGCGAUCAGGGCGCCGGCGCCCGUGGUGGCCGUGGUCCUCGAGGUGCUGGUCAAACCCGGGGCGGUCCCCGGUUGCCUGGUCAACAGGGCGGCCGCCGCCCCGGUGGCCAGCAGUUCAGCGGUGGUGCAUUGGGCGGAGCAAUCAAGGCAUAAAAGAAAUGUUUUGUUAAUGGCAAAUUGAUUUUAUUUUCAUGGUUCUAAUGCUCAAACUUUCUUCAUUUUCUGGGAUUUUCCUCCCCCUGCAGCUUAACGUACGAUAUUCCAUGUGCUGUUUUUCUACCUCAUCCUUUCUCGUCAUGGCUAUUUUACCUUUUUUGGCUGGGGCGACUGCUAUCUUUGUCCUUUCUCUUCCUCACCUUUCGACCUCCACCCAGCACUUUCCUACCACUCUGCAGAUGAAUGUGACGUUUAGAAUAGAUGAGGGUAGUACAAAAACAAAUCUAGGACAUGAACAAUUCAAC